AUGGGUAUCUGGGACGCUUUCUCCGAGAUUGUCGAGGCGGUGACGCCAUGGAGUGUUGUGGAGGCCGAGGCUCCGGCUGAGGAAACCCAGGAGGCUCCCGAGGCCCAGGUAGAGGACAAGAAGGACGAGCCUGAGGAGGAACCCGCCGCCGAGGAGGAGGAGGACGAAGAGGAGGAGGAGGAGGAGGAGGAUGACGAGGAGCCCAAGGACCCUAAGGAGGAGCUCGAGGAAGAGUGCAAGAACUCUCCUCAGUGCUCCCCCGCCAAGCACCACUUCGACGAGUGCGUUGAGCGAGUUCACCAGCAGGAGAGCGAGGGCGAGGCCAAGGAGGACUGCGUCGAGGAGUUCUUCCACCUUGCUCACUGCGCUUCCGCAUGCGCCGCCCCCAAGCUGUGGUCUAAGCUGAAAUAA